UGGCAUUUGAGCUUGCGCAGCUCCAGUUUCGUGCCGACCGCACACCAUCACAGAGAGUGAGGACAUGUCUCAGAUACAUAAAGAGGAGAUUGAGGAUACAAUCAAAAAACACAAGGUCGUGAUUUUUGCGAAGUCAUGGUGCCCAUUUUGCACAGAAGCCAGCAUCAUUUUGCAGUCUCAUGGUGUGAUGGACCUCAAGGUAGUGGAAGCCGACCACUGUCCAGAUGAGUUGGAGUUCAUGAAUGCCCUGAAGGGGAUGACAGAACUCAAGACACUGCCACAAAUCUUCGUGGAUGGAAAGAUAAUCCCAGGGGACAAGCCCGGCUGCUUCGAUCGCUUGGAUGCUCUGCGAGAGAAGGAUGCCUUGAAACCGUUGCUUUCAGAGGCAGGUGUUGUGGACAAAGAGAUGGAUCUUCCUCCAGGCACCUUCGAUUACGACCUGUUCGUCGUGGGAGGUGGCUCUGGCGGCGCGGCAGCAGCUCUCGAGGCUGCAAGGGACAUUUUCAAGCGAGUGGCAGUGGCUGAUUUCGUGAAACCAUCUCCCCAAGGGACCACUUGGGGUGUUGGCGGCACUUGUGUCAACGUGGGUUGUAUCCCCAAGAGCCAUGGCAUCGUAGAAGGGGUUGAAGGGGUUGAAGGGGUUGAAGGAGCAGAUGAGCACUGCAUCUCUUCAGAUGAUGCUUGGCUGAAUCUUGACAUUUUCUGGUUGAAGGAGGCGCCUGGAAAGACCCUCGUGGUAGGUGCUGCAUACAUCGCGCUGGAGUGUGCAGGAUUCCUCAACGGCUUGGGCUACGAUACCACGGUCAUGGUGCGCUCCAUGCUGUUGCGUGGCUUUGACCGUGAAUGCGUUGACAAAAUCGACGCAUACAUGGACAAGAUGGGCGUCAAGUUCAUCCGUGGAUGUGUGCCAGAACCUUGCCCGCACACACCCAUGCUGCAGGUGAAGUGCGUUUGGAAAGUGGGCAGUGAGGAGAAGAGUGAAGAAUUCGACACCGUCCUUCUGGCCAUCGGGCGCACAGGUGAAGCCCAAAAGCUUGGCUUGGCAGAAGCCGGAGUGUGGUUCAAUCCAGAGAAUGGAAAGGUUCCAGCACCAGCUGAGUCGACCAACGUGCCAAACAUUUUUGCGAUUGGUGAUUUGGUUCAGAACAGGCCCGAGCUCACUCCCGUGGCCAAAGUGGCUGGAAAGAAAGUGGUGCAGCGUAUUUUUAAGGGCGACAUGCAGGUUUUCACGCCGUUGGAGUAUGGCAUGUGCGGCUUGACCGAGGAGCACUGCAAGGAAAAGUUGCCCAGCGGCAUUUCAUUAGUCAAAGACUAA